CCCUCCAACGACGCUGUUCCUUUUUUUCACCCCCAACUUAAUUCCAAGUCUUUGCAGAGUUCGUUGGUUCUUCGAGAUCCUCCAGCCCACCAUGCUACGCUCCUUGCUCGCUGGCAAGCUUUCCCAAGCGUGUCGACUGUCGAUUCGCGUUCCAGCCGGCGGAUACUCGGCGGCGAUCCCCGCUCCGAACACGAGCCCCGACGUGCGCUACAACAAGAUCUUCAUCAACAAUGAAUGGCAUGACGCAGUGAGCAAGAAGACCUUCCCUACAAUCAACCCUUCCACCGGAGAGGUCAUCUGUCAAGUGGCAGAGGGAGACAAGGCUGAUGUCGAUAAAGCUGUGAAAGCUGCCAGAGAUGCCUUUAGCUUGGGUUCAACAUGGCGACACAUGGAUGCUUCCCAACGGGGUCUUCUGUUAAAUCGACUGGCAGACCUGAUUGAAAGGGACUCGGCCUACUUGGCAUGUCUUGAAACCCUGGACAACGGGAAGCCAUAUGCAGUGGCUUACAGUGUGGACUUGCCCCAUGUCGUCAAGUGUUUCAGGUACUUUGCAGGCUGGGCAGACAAAUGGCAUGGAAAGAACAUUCCCCUCGAUGGCAACUUCUUCUGUUAUACCCGCCAUGAGCCAGUUGGAGUGUGCGGUCAGAUCAUUCCAUGGAACUUUCCAUUGCUGAUGCUGUCGUGGAAACUGGGUCCAGCUCUGGCCACAGGCAACACUGUGGUGAUGAAGGUUGCUGAACAGACCCCGCUGACUGCUCUUUAUGUUGCAAGUCUGGUUAAAGAGGCAGGCUUCCCAGCUGGCGUUGUGAACAUUGUGCCUGGGUACGGCCCAACUGCUGGUGCUGCCAUCGCCUCACACGAAGAUGUGGACAAAGUGGCCUUCACUGGCUCAACUGAGGUUGGCCACUUGAUCCAGAAGGCUUCAGGAAGCAGCAACCUUAAAAAGGUCACUUUGGAAUUGGGAGGCAAAAGUCCCCUCAUAAUUGCGUCUGACGCAAACUUAGAGGAUGCAGUUGAGCAGGCGCAUUUUGCACUGUUUUUCAAUCAGGGGCAGUGCUGCUGUGCAGGCUCUCGUACUUUUGUUCAAGAAGACGUGUACAAAGACUUCAUAGAGUGCAGCGCGGAGAGGGCAAAGAAAAGGAAGGUUGGAGACCCAUUUAAUAUGCAGACUGAGCAAGGGCCACAGGUGGAUGAGGAGCAGUUUAAAAAGAUCCUGGGUUACAUCAGUUCAGGAAAAAAAGAAGGAGCCAAACUAAUGUGUGGAGGUGGGGUAGCAGCUGACAGAGGGUACUUCAUCCAACCCACUGUGUUCGCAGAAGUGCAGGACAACAUGACAAUUGCCCGAGAAGAGAUUUUUGGUCCUGUUAUGCAAGUUUUGAAAUUUAAAUCAUUGGAUGAAGCAAUUGAACGGGCCAACAAUACAAAAUAUGGAUUGGCUGCCGCUGUAUUCACUAAAGACAUCGACAAAGCCCACUAUGUUUCCAGCAGAAUUCGUGCUGGCACUUUUUGGAUAAACUGCUAUAAUGUGUUUGGUGCUCAGGCCCCAUUUGGUGGUUACAAGGCCUCUGGAGUCGGCCGGGAGAUGGGAGAAUACGGCCUGGAAAACUACACUGAAGUGAAAACUGUGACCGUCAAAGUGCCCCUUAAGAGCUCGUAAGUCCAGCAAGUUCACAAGGAUCUCCUCAACGCAAGGGGAAUGGCGUCCUUCACACCGCUUCAUGAGCUCUUAAAAGCUGAAUGUGCACUUUGCAAAAUUUCUACAGCUCUAAUGUUCUUUAGAUAAGCAAAGUUACUUUUAUGGGAUGGAGAGCAUAUUCUCAGUCCUGGGCUGGUGUGCGCCCCGCAUGUCAGUCAUCUGUCCAAAGCACCUAGUUUGAAGUUUAUAGACAUUACUGGCGUGAACGUACUGGGCUUAUUACCAGAUUUCACCCCAGAGUAGUUUUUGUAUUCACAUAUGCAGAAACUGUACACUUCUGUAACGUUCUCUUUCUUACAAACCUAUUGUAUUUAGUCAUAUUUUUUUUUCUUUUUUGCUGUCAGUGAAAUUCUUCCUCUUUUUGCCUGUGGUGCCUUUUUCUAUUUUGGGAUGGAUUCAUCAUUUAGUAAUAAAGGAAUAUGUAAUGUGAAAAACUCACUGAAAUGAAAUAUGCUGUUUGGCGGUGUGUUUAACCUGACUUGGAACGAAUGUAACAAUAAACAGAUCUGGACUGUGA